CCGAAUGCUCACAAUGUUCUCUAUAUAACGGGGAUAAGAAAAAGCUUUUGUGAGAGAAGUUAGCAUGCAAAAAGCUUGGUUCUAUGAGGAGCAUGGUCCUAAGGAAGUCCUCAAAUUGGGAGACUUCCCAAUUCCUUCUCCACUGCACAAUCAGCUAUUAGUUGAAGUUCGGGCUGCUGCUUUGAAUCCUAUUGAUUCCAAAAGACGUCAAAAACCCUUUUGUCCUUCAGAAUUUCCAGUGGUCCCUGGCUGUGACGUGGCAGGUGUGGUGGUAGCAAAAGGCAGUGGUGUUACAAAAUUUUGUAUUGGUGAUGAGGUUUAUGGAAACAUUCAAGACUUUAAUGCAGAGGGACAACCAAAGCAGCUUGGGACACUGGCAGAGUUCAUAGUCGUGGAGGAGAGUUUGGUUGCAAAGAAGCCAAAAAACCUUUCAUUUGAAGAGGCUGCUAGCUUGCCACUUGCUGUUCAGACUGCAAUUGAAGGUUUCAUAACUGCAGAUUUUAAAGAGGGGGAGAAUAUUUUUGUAGUUGGUGGAGGUGGUGGGGUUGGCAGUUUAGUUGUUCAGCUUGCGAAGCAUUUAUUUGGAUCUUCUUAUGUUGUUGCUACUUGUAGCACUCCUAAGGUGGAAUUUGUCAAAAGUUUGGGAGCUGAUGAAGUUGUUGACUACACCAAGACAAGAUAUGAGGAAAUUGAGGAGAAAUAUGAUUAUGUUUACGAUACAAUUGGCGACUCCAAGAAUUCUUUUGUGGUAGCUAAGGAUGGCGCACCAAUUAUUGACAUAACCUGGCCGCCCUCAAAUCCAAGGGCUGUUUAUUCAAGCUUGACAGUUUCAGGGGAAAACCUGGAGAAGCUUGAGCCAUUUCUGGAGACUGGCAAACUCAAGGCUGUGAUUGAUCCUACCGGUCCAUAUAAUUUUAUGGAUGUAAUCCAAGCUUUUGGUUAUUUAGAAACUGGAAGAGCCCGCGGAAAGGUUGUUAUCUCUUCCUUCCCAUCAGAGCACCAUCUCCAUCCUGCCAUAUGCGAAAGCAAGAACAAUAUCUGAGAUUUGUAUUCGCAGAAGAUUCUGUUUUAUUGGUGUGAAUUUAUUCAGGGUUGUUAAAAAUAGCAGAAAUGAAUGUAUUGAAUAUGCCUGUCAUAAGUUUUGAGUUUCUGGUUGUUUUCUUGUGUAUCAGUGUCUUAAUUCUUUUGUUCCUCCUCCAUAAGAAAUUAAUAUACUAAGUUAUUAUUCCUGGUUUUU